GAAAGGGUAUGAUGAUGGAUUCGUUUUCUUACUGUGAUAUCAGCUCAGUGUUUAUCACCAAGACAAUCGACAGGAUUAUAUCCCCAAUGGCGGUACAGCUCUGUCAUUUGAUCAUCUCCCUGGAAUGUGAUGGCAGCAAGUAUACUGUGAUAAGCGGUGACUUGGAACAGAUGGCACAGGAGUUAUCCAGAUUUACAGAGCAUUUCGCCAACACUUCUCUUAGGCUAGGAGUCGAAUGUGAUGAUGGAAUUUUGGGACAGGAAAUGGAAAAAGCAGCAAAGUCUCUUCUAAUAAUUGGGAAAAGCAUCCUUUUGUCAGUACAGAAACUAAGCAUUCAACCUGCGAUUCGAAAGCAUCAAGAUGAAUUGGUUAUUGCAGCACAAAACAUAUUGAUGGGAACUCUUAAGAUACUUCAGCUUGAAGAUGAUGCAGGAGUAAGAAAAAUUCAUCAAGCUGCAGAUUGGCUUCUUGAGUGUUUGACAUAUUUGCAAAAGGCAGAAAGCAUCUCACACCUUUGGUCUCAUUUCUGGGAAUUUUCUGAAGCUUUACUCUUGUUGAACAGCCUAACUGAGAAUAGAAUUCUUGAUCUAAAGGAUUCUCUGCAUCAGAAACAUUUAGCACAAAAACUGCAAAUUCUACGUAAAUGUGUUCCAAUGUUAUAUACAGCUACACAGAGCAGUAUCAAUCAUCCAUAUAAUGAACAAAUUAUUGAGUCUAAGUUGUAUAUAUUUGAUCAAACUUCAAAAACUGUACAAGAUCUCAAACACUUACUUAUAACAGACCCAAGCAUGCACGAAAUAAAGAAGCAAGGCUCAUUUGCACAAGAGUUAUAUAAUUUAUGUGACAUAUUAACUGAUCCCAAACCAACUAAUCUUUACAACAGUGACCUUGACUUUCUUGUAGGAGCAAUCAUUUUCUACUGCAUGUAUGUAGCUGGUUGUUCAAGGCCAAAUAUAAAACUACAACUGGUAAAACACUGCCAAACUCUUCUGGAGCAAAGGAAACAACUUUGUGACCACUUGAAAGAGUUACAGCAAAGCCCAGGUGGAAAUCAUUUUGACAUAGAAGAACAAUGUGCAUCAAUGAGAAUCCAGCUUAAUCAUAUCAAUACAAACUUGAUUUCUUCUAUAUUUUACCAGAUUCUAGAUGCUUUCUCUGUUAAAGAUCCACUAAAAAGAUUGUUAAAAGCAGCUCUUAAAAUUAAUAAGAAAGCAAGUUGGCACUCAGAACAUCUUUUUGCUUCAAAGGCUUUCCAACCACUUCUCCAAGCCUUUCAAAAUCAUACAGAUCAGUUGUUGAAAAUAUCUAGCCUUGUGCUAGCACAGUGUUCUCAAGAACGUCUCAUUAGUGAGAUACAGAGUUCUGUUGAUUGCUUAUGUAGAGUGAGAGAUGACGUGGUUGCGCUUGUUCUAGAUACCAAUAAGGCAUAUUUUGAAAGCAAAAUGUUUGAGAAGGCACAGUCCAUUUAUCACAAAUGGAUUCAAGCUACAGAAAGCUUAAUAAUGAGUCUUGAUGGUAUUUUAACUAUACACCAGUUCUUGGAACUUUCUAUUAGAGAGAUAGAAGGGAACAAGUACCACUGUGAUAAACUCCUGAGAAGUCAAGAAGCAAAAAUAUUUCAGCAUCAUGCUUCAGACUUAUGUGAUCUAGCAGAACGUGUAGCUCAGGUUGUUACUAGACAUGUUGACCAGAGCAAGAAUCCCAUAUUCAGGAAUGGUUUGAGAGUUUUAGUAAGGCAGUUGGAAACAUAUGUGCUUGAAACCAGGACAGCUAUGAUUAAAUGUGUUGAGAAGAUAUCAUGUUUUAAAGCUCAAAAUCAUUUCUUGGAAAAAGUGAAUAAUUUGUUAGAGUCUAUACAUAUUGUCCAAGAGGGGGUUACUGGAAGCAAACAUCCAGAUCUACUUAGUCCUUUAAGAAAUGAGGGUGGUCCAGUCAGUCAUAAACUUAUGCCCAUUGAUUUAAAUGAAUCUGAGGAGUCAAAAGAGGAUAAUGAGAAAAAGCAUAGGGGGCAGCAUAUAACAUAUUUAUCCUAUGAAGAAUACCUGAGCAAACCUGUUCCUUUAGCCAACACUGUGAAAACGAUAAGAGACAAUGCAAAUGUUGAAAACACAAUACAACUCUAG